CCUCUCCGUACUCUCUAUGACCCUCGCCUGCUUCCGGCUUCGCUCCGUUUCCCCCAGGCCGGCAGCUGAAGGGGUUGAGGCUAGAUCCAAGUGCUCUGGACGGUGGAAGUGGCUGGUGGGAUACCGGGAGAGGCAGCUGUGUACGGGGGAAGACAUAGGCGGCUGCACGGGGGGCCUGAGCGCCGGGAGAGAGCCCUGUGUAACCGUAGGGCUAUAUAUACUCCCCUUUAUGUAUGUAUACAGCACUGGGGGCCCUCCCUGGCCUCUGUGCCCAGCUGAUUGCUGUAUACAGGCCCCUCUGUCACAUCCCUCUCACUAACAGGAUGACUGGGGGCAAUAUGGUGGGCUUGGGGAAUAAACUACUGAUCCCCAUAGCUCCCUAUUAAGUAAAGAUAACCUAUUAGUAAUAUAUAUAUAUAUUUUUAGUGGUUUUAAACCAAAAAAUUUGUUAUUUAAAAGUAAUACUUUGAAUUACGAUAUUAUUUACCCACAGUUUAUGCCUCUUUUGUAGCCUUAUGGCGGGAUCUGUUUUAUGAACUUGUUCGGAGUUGAAUAAAGUGUCUUAAUUUUAUUGAUAGUAAAUAUAAUUUCAGCUACAGUACUGUAUUGUGGAAGAAAAGAUCACAGGUGAGAAGGAAAUCACUUCUCAUUUUUAUUGGUGAUUUUUUAAUGAUUUUCUACGAAAUAAGAACAAGGAGUCCUUGGCGGCAGUGACGCCCCUGCAUACGAGUCGUGUAAAGGUUGUUUAUUUAGAGAGUUUGGUGUAAGUUCAAAGCCAAGGUUGAAGUGUUGUUUUAGCCAAUCCCCUGCCACCUCGGCAUGCGAACGCAACGUCCGGCUGCAUUGUCAGUCUCUACAGGCAAGUGCUUCUCAGCCUGCUUUCGAACACAAGGUUAAACUUUUUUUCCUCCUAAACUUUGUUGUCCUAACAUGGGCCGGAAAAAGAAGACGCUGCACGAUUAUGCGGCAGAGUUCACUGACUUGGCGGUCAGGAGACAUUUGAUUGAGCACAAUGACACCGGGGAGACCUCUGUCAUGGAGACUCUGUACUGCAAGUCUUGCGAGCUGCCUAUGCGGGUGAGGAGGGACCGCAUUUUGGAGCACCUGGCUUCCGGAAGGCAUUACAGGAACCGGAGGCUGAUCAAACAACACUGGAACAGAGCCCCUCUUUUAGUAGCGACAGGUGCAGACCAUGGCGUAAACCUCUCGAUGUCUCUAGACUCCUCUCGCAAUCUUCAGUCCAACUUCACACUGCAGUCUAACGCCACCAGUAAUACUAUCAGUACAAGUAACCUGGUACCAUCUCCUCCACCUCACUGCCAUCAGACCUCGUUUCCUGGUCACCCGAACACCAUCAGCUCCACCACCAACAUCAUUUGCGGCAGAGAAGACCAAGUUCCGUCUACCUCUUCCUCACUCCCAUCAUCGUUCGGUACCAUCCACAUCCAGAAUCCAUCCAUCUCUUCAAAACACGGCAACCAAAGGCAUGUUAUCUCAGAAGCUUCCAACAGUGUUGUCACUGGAGGACUCUAUAGUGGUGGUGGUUCCCGAGGGAACGGUAUUGGCCUAGCUCUGAUAGGAGUUGGUCAUGGCAGCAAGACAUUGCUUCAAAGCUUAACGGAGGAAAGUGGCUGCUAUCUCUACUACAUUGUAGAAAAUCAGUUUCCCGUGGUGGAGAAAGCGUUUAGUGAUGGGCUCUUAAUGAAGACAAGAGUAUUGCAGGAGCAAGACGUAGACAUUGUCCUCAGCGACCAGCGAGUGUCUGGAGUUGUAAUUUGCUCUCCACCAGAAGUUGCGGCUGUAAUGACUCUGGAGACGUUAAGAGCUGGUAAAGCUGUGUUGUGUGAGCAGCUCCUGAGCACAAACAGGCAGACUGUUGAAGCGUGCUUUGAUGAGGCGGACAGAUACGGGAAGCCUCUAGUGUGUGGCUUUUACAAGCGUUUUGACCCUUCCUUGAAGUACCUGCAUAAAAAGAUUCACGAGACGAACACCCUGGGUAGGAUACAGAAAUUGUCUACGGUCAGCCGCACAUAUCCCUCAUCUUCUCUCAGCAAGAUAAAGACAUCAGGGGGCAUUUUCUAUAACACAGCCUUACACGAUAUAGAUAUUGCCAGCUGGUUACUUGGAGUAAAUGCGCCAGAUACGGUAUUCUCACUAGGACAUGCAUUCUGCUCAGACAUGGCUGCGGUGAAGGACGCAGACACAGUUAGCAUCAGUAUGAAGUAUUCUAAUGGCGCAAUAGUGAGUUUGGACGUCAGCCAGCACUGCACCAAGGGCUGCGAUCAGAGAUUAGAGUUGAACGGCUGCCUGGGAUCGUUACGUCUGGACAAUCAGAACCCACUAUGCAUUAUAGAGAAUGGUGCCUCCUUCCCGGCACCCUCCCAAACACACCAUGAGAGGUACCGAGAAGCCUACAAAGAGCUCUUCCGACAUUUCCUACGUACCAUCAAAGGUAAGGAGCAUCCGGCUGUCACCAAAGAGCAGUAUGUCUGCGCGAUACAGAUUGCAGCCGCAGCUGAGCAGUCCUGGCAGACCGGUUCAUCCAUAGACCUGCGGAAUGAAGCUGUAGACAUAUCUAUUAUCAAGACUGAGAUUAUGUGACCCAGAAGCCCGCCUGUUGGUGGCUCAAGUAUCGGCGUGGAUUGUAUCUUAGAAUAAAGUGAUAUUUUUCCCCCCUGCUUUCCUGCACUUGAUGUUACAUCGGGCGUUGUCCAGACAUCGCUCACAAUUGGCCUUCCUAUUAAUCUCAAGUAAUAUCUUCCAUUAUUUGUCUCUCCGGGAAAGAGCUCCUUGCCUCGGUUUGGAGCAUAGAGAUUUACAUUCAGGAUACCGUUUUGAGGGACAGAAUGUUUUUUUUUUUUUAAAUUGGCCCAAUGACUUACAGUACGCAGAGGCAGCUGCUUGUAGGAUGUGCAAUAUUCAGCCUAUGGACUUGCUGGGAUCUAGUGACAUCACUGGGUCCUGGGGCGCUCUGUCUAGGGAAGGUCCACUUUAACUGGUGUCUGGAAAUGCUGUUACCAAUUGACAUAUGCAAUCGCUGAAAUGGACGUGGGUUGCUUCAUCUUGCACAAUGUCUUCAGGUCAGGAAUGAAGAAAGCUGUGCAGCUCUUUUCUCUAAUUUAAAAGAAUGAUUUGCUCCAGUACUCAAUUACUACAUACGCGUCCAUGGUGUCUAUGUUACCUCCUGCUUUGCAGGAACAUAGUGCAAAUGAACAGAUGCAUCACCUGAGCUCUGUCCUAGGCAGUGUAUGUGUGUAUUUGUAUGUACACUUGCCUGUCAGUCUGUUGGUCAGGAAUAGUCCUAUAGUGAACUAGACUGAGAAACACGCAAGAUUUGUGACUUAUUCACGUUGGCAGAUGUUCAUCUAUUAUUGAAUAUUGGGGCAGAUGUAUUAGGCCUGGAUAGGCAUAAGGAAGUGAUCAGCUCCUGUCUAUUUGCAUAUUGGAGCUGAUUGGCUAGUGCGUUUAUCACCUUGCACUUAUCACUGGUUUAUCACUUCCUUGUGCCUUCUCCAGGUUAAUACAUCUGCCCCAAUAUGCUGAAAGUGGACCCGUCGCUUGGGUGGGGUGUUAUGUCAAACCUAAAUUCCAGUACCCACCACCAUUUGAUGUUGUUGGCUGAUCCAUGCGUAAGAAGCGAUCACUGUAAGAUUACAUCAGCAGGUAUCUACGUGCUUGCCCUUCGGUGAUCUGGGGGAACCCGUCCUUUAGGCAACUCCUGGGUACAGUGAUCUCUUAAGAGAUUUCUCUGACCCGGAAAAAAUAUCAGAUUUUCUUGGGUUUAAUAACAACGUUUUUCCCGGCAAAACCCAUACAGCACAGAAUUGUAAAAAGGUAAUGGCACCAGUGGUGCAGGUAUGUAGAGAAUCCCUCCUUUUCCUGACCACACCUUGUCUCCCGGGAUGUUCCGUUCUAAGGAUAUACCGGAACAUUUACCUAUUGUUAGCUUUGUAUGUGGCAAAGACCAGGACGGUGCUGGAGGAGUUGUGGCCCCUGCGAAACUUUACCCAGCCAGGGGCAUUGAUGACCAGUAAUUCCCUGUUCUGUGGGGACUAAGACUGUUGUAGGCUAAAUAUAUUUUGUCGUUUAUUAUUCUGUCGGUGACAUUUACAGUUCAUUGCAUUACCAUGUGGAAAUGUAGCCUUUAUUUUAACAAGAGGUUAAACCUUUUUCUCUGGUUCAAGUACCACAGCGCUAAUCUAGCUUUAAAAGGUUGAAUUCUGUAGGGAGCUGCUGUGAGACACACACAGAUAGUAUUGUGAUGGGGGGAGCUGCUGUGAGGCACACAGAGGAAGGGGAGGCUGGCUGUGAGGCACUCAGGGAGUAUUGUGAAUGGAGGCUGGCUGUGAGGCACACAGACAAAGGGUGUAGUGGAAGAGGAACUGCUGUUGGGCGCACACAGUAUUGUGAAGGGGGAGCUGCUGUGAGGCACACAGAAAGCGGGUAUUGUGAAGAAGGGCUGGCUAUGAGGCACAUGGAUGGUAUUGUGAAGGGGGGUCUGGCUGUGAGACACACAGAGACAAUGGGUGUUGAGAAAGAGGCAUUGCUGUGAGGCACACAGAUGUAAUGGGUAUUCUGAAGGUGGGACUUCAGGCCGGUUGCACUCGGAGAAUAAGUACAACAGGGUUCCCUGACCUGGAGAGAGCCAUACUGAAUCAUUUAUGACAACGGGUCCACUUGAAAAUCCUGCUUCAUCCAUAGUGAAAUUAUUCCCAGUCUACAAGCUGAGCAUUUGGUAUCGGAAGAGCUAAAUGAAGAAUCACUCUUUGUACAAGUGUGUUUCUGUGUCCGCUGCCUGCAUUUCAAAGACCAAAACUCCUUCUUACUGUCAGAUAGCUGCACAUUGGUGGGAAUGUGCGUGUCAUUACCGAAAUGAAGUGUCCAGCGGCCCGGAGUAAUUACUCAGAAGGGAAUUGCUGUACAGCGUAAAUAAUAUAUCCCUUUCUCAUAAUUUAAGAUGACCUGUACAUAGUGUAUAGACCGUAUGAUGAAGUCAGGCACUUAGACUUAUUUAUGAAGUAUAAAUAUUUUGCUAUAGUUUUAUUGUCACUUGUGCUUAGUAGAUGUAUGUGUAACAUUCAUUCUUGCUGUUGGUGGGUCCUGCUUUGGAAUCUGCAAUGAAAAUAGCUACUUAUAUCCGCGCUCUCUAUUUAGAGUGCUGUAUUUUUUCACCAUUUUGUGAAUUUGGGAUUUUGUGACAAUGACAAGAAGCGAUGAUACCGGUUGUUUUCGGUAGCUGUACGUUUACCUGACGCCUACAGGGGAGGGGGGUCCUUUUAUGCCCUGGGUCAGUGUACUUGAGCAUCCAGCUAUCUGUUCACUAGUAAUGACACACUUACUGGUCCUUCCCACACAGAGGAGUAUCUAGGUGCUGAAACAGAGGGUUAAUGACAUAUUAGCUGGAAGGAGGGCAUAGAAUAAUAUAUGUAAGACGGACAAUGGAGCUGGUGAUUAUACACCCUUACACUGGUAUUCCCAGAACUUCACUCUCUUCCUGUGUACUGUAUAAUAAACUACAUUUACACCUCUGGCCCAAAAAAUCGGUUGGCCUCGAAGACAACAGGGACACUUUAAUGUUUGCUUGUUCAAUACAUUUCUUGUUUGUGUAGAACUGUUUCAGUAGGUAGAAUGAAUUGUGUUAUUAUAUCCAGGAGAUUAUAAAUACUGUAUGUACGGAGAGUGGAUCUUUGUACAUAUUCCUUUCACUUCUGUGCAUUUAAUCCCAAAGUGCCUUUUAUGUAUUACACGUAUAGAUUGCUGUGCCUUUCUUCCCAAAAGCA